AUGACAGCAAGUGAUGUUGGCAUUGCAUUGCAGCAGGCCCAGCAGGGAGUGCAAGGCUUUGACUUUGGAGACCAUCCCAACAUGCGCCAUCAACUUGACCCGACCUCACCAUACUAUAACCCACGGCAAGAAGAGCAGCUGAACUACAACGGGGGUCAACACGGAGUUUCCCAUCAUCUCGGGAAUGGCUUCAUGCAGAAUCCCAACAUUGCUCAAAACGACACGGCGCUGGCUGAGCUUGUUCGCCGGACAAACCUUGCCGUGUCCCUUGCAAAUCACAAUAUCAAUCCCCGAAGCCAGUUCACACAGGUACAUCCUAUGAUGUGCUUUGACGGGAGAUUCCCUACGGAUUUCCGCAGCCCCAAGACCGUUGAGUCGGUCAAGCUGCUAGAUGUAACCCAGCUGGACCGAAUAUUACAGGAGUACAAGCUACCUUACGAUACUCGCUCGAUAAUCAACAGCACAAACUCGCACCUGUUACGAGACGGUAGGGACUCGAUCAGUUCAUCCCGUCUGCGGCAGGCCAAAUUGCAAAUUCUCUUCGAGCAUCUGGGAGCCAGCAGGAUUGUCGAGCAAGAGAGGCAGAAGCGCCUAUGA